AUUGAGGUGACCUGUUAGUCAUUUUUAUCAUCAACAUUUCAACUCAGUUCAUUCACUGAAAAGAAACUUUUAGUGACUGCAAAUAAUUUGUGCUGGAGUACAAGGUUUGGCCAGCAUAUUUUAUAUGGCUUAACACACAUCACUAAUAUCGUUUUGUAACUUCCUGUGCGACACCAUUUUAGAAAAUAUUUGCACUUGUAAGUUGAUAACUUGUACUUGCAAAUACCAUUGCCCUCCUUAAUAAAAACAGCACUUCAGGGUUACUGUUGUUUUUAAAUCAUUUUAAAUGAUCUCAUAGCCUCUAUGCUAAAGGCCUAUGCAUCGAGGUCUCAGUUAACUAUACAAAUGCUUGCUUAAGUAUUUGUUACAAACUGGGACUGUGCCUGGGGAAUUUCUAAAUAGUCCUGGAUCAUUAGUCAGAGAAAAGAAAGUAAAAAUUAAAAUUAAAAGAGUAAAUGAAAGAAGGAGUUAAGGAUAGAAGAAUUGAAGGUAGGAAGGAAGUAAGUAAGUAAGGAAGGAAAGAGGGUAAGGAGGAAGGAAGUAAGGAAGGAAAGAGGGUAAGGUAGAAGGAAGGAAGGAAGGAAGGAUGGCAGGAAGGAAGGAUGGCAGGAUGGCAGGAAGGAAAUAAGAGAGAAAGAACGCGAGGGAAAAAGUGGUAGGAAGGCAUUAGAUAAAAAGGAAGAAAAUGGAAGACAAAAUAGAAAAAUUCAGAUAAAACUAAAAAGGCUGGGAGAAAAGGGAUGGAAAACUGCAAAACAAAAAAUUACGCAGCUGUGUUUAAAAAUAUGGUUACAAAUGCCCAUUGGUUAUUCUAUGAUUUGGUUGGCGAUUCGAAUGAAAUGAAUCUAGAGAACUUGCAUUUUAUCGAAGAAAAGAAAGUAAGAGAAUCUCAGUUGUGCUUUAGAGAAUUCUUAAUAAGUGGAUAAAGUUAACCAAAGGUAUAAAUAGCUUAAAAUAGCAAUUAAGAAUAUUUCAGAGGUCACCCAUAAAAAAGAAUAUGGAAGCAAAAGUUGAAAGUUUUUUGGAACCAAUUUGAAAGUGUCACCCAAAAGAAGCGUUGGAAAGUUUUGAAACAGGCAAAGUUUGAUAUUGUCAUCUUGCAUCAAGCUGUGACCAAAGAAGACAAAGGUAAUCAUUUUAAGAAUUCUUGCAGUUACUUGUUUCUGGUUCAAAGAACUGUUGACAGAUUUAAGGACUGUAAGGAAUCGUCUUAUCACACUUCGUGUUUCAACAUAGUCAUCAAAUUGAUUUUUUAGAAAUAUUUCCGUAAUUAUACGGGAAUCAUCCAUCUUCGUUUCACGAGUAAAAGUCUACAAUCAAAGAUUUUAUGUUUUAAUUACCUGACACGUCCAAAAAUAUAGCAAAGUGAAUAUUUAGUAUUCUUUGGCCUAAGGAUUUUUCAAUAUUUACUGCAUUAACUGUUUGAAAUGCAGAUAUUUUUAUGCAGGAUGUGAAAAAAUAUGGAGUGAAAAGGUUUGCUCUUUCCUCUUUUUCGGAAGAUAAGGAAUUUGCCCUUGUCAUGCUUGACCUUAUUCCCGCUCUUUCCAGAGUGAAAUAGUUCCAGGAAGAACUUUUCGUACUGAACAGCACCUGCGUAGAAAAACAGGUAUAACGCCCUUUUCAUUGCAAGUUUCCUUUAGUCAGCUGUGAAUAUGUUUGUAAACAACAUCGGUGUGGUUUGAAUGGAAUUCAAGACCGGCCUUAUCGUAACUAGGCAUUAUGCAGGAUUUGCAUCAACUGGAAGAGGCUGAGGGGCAUCACUAUCAAGAAUGCAUGACAUGAGGAUAAAUUUAAUUGCUUGAAGACUUUGUGAUUAAGUGUUAGCUUAGAUUUACAAAUUUUUAUUUUUAAAACCAAUCAGUAUUAAAAGGAUUAUAUUCAAAAAAUCUAAAAGACAAGUGAGGAAAUCUUCUUGUUCACGGUUUGAACUGCAAGCUCUACGGCGACGAUGGUGAGGUUGACCGUAAAUCAAACUGUUUUGUCACUACUUUCUUUCAUCGGUAUCGCUGGGAACAUCCUUGUUAUUUUACUCAUUCUAAAGAAAUUCAAACUGGAAUCAUGGACGUACAUUUUGGUCUGCCAUCUAGCUACAACGGAUCUCUUGACUUGCGCUGUUGGUGGGCCACUCUGGAUAGCAGCGUACACCACUAAGCUGUUUCCAGUUUGCCAAGCUGCAAUUGCUCUUUCUACCAUCCCUCUGACGGUUUCAUCAUUCACGCUUAUAUUAAUAGCCUAUGAUCGCUACGUUUAUAUUCAUUACCCGUUACGCCAUCCAAAUAUCGUAACUUGCCGAAAAAUUGUCACUUUGUUGGCACUUUUCUGGACUUUGGCUCUUAGCAGUGGAUCUCUUUCAGUCACUAUUGAGAUGAACACCAGUAAGGAACUGGCAAAGCAGGAUUGCAUCUUUUCGUUGCUUGUGAAUCGCUGGAAUGUUUUGUGGAUAUUUGCUGGUUUCGCAUUGGCCCCGAUAACAGUUUUAGCAUUUGUGUACUCAUACAUCUUACGAACAGCAUUACGUCAGCAGCGCAAAGUACACGAAUUUACGAAUGUCGAAGAUCAUAAAGCAAAGAUUGCGAGGUUGCGAAAAGAAAGACAUACUAUCUCAAUGCUGUCUGCAGUGGUUCUCGUAUUCGUCAUUUCGACCUUGCCGUUUGCCGUAGUUGCACUGAUUGAUGCAUUCAGCGGACGAAUUUUUAGAAGUGGAAGAUGGCUAUACCUCACAUCCGGGUUGCUGUUCCUAAAUGCUGUCGUUAACCCAUUUUUAUACACAUUCACGAAUAGAGAUCUACGUAGGGAAGCUUACAAAGUCUUUCAACAUUGCAAGUUUGUGGCAUAACGACCUGUUUCGCGAUUAUGAGUCGCCAAAUGUUGCCGAUAGUUAAAAAUAUAUCAUCGUUGUAUCGAAGUUGCAAGA